AGCUGUCAGGGUUUCUGGACUGACUGGAUGAGUGCCUCCUACCCCUCCCCUGUGUCCAUGGGAGAGUUUGAGACACUUGAGAACCUGAGGAAGAAGUUUGACUUCUGUGGGGAGGAGAUGAUCACUGAUAUUCAGUGCCACACUGUCAGUAUGGACCUGGACUAUAGGGCUGCCUUCCAGAACGAGGUGGAAUGUUCCACAACAGCUGGGCUGGUGUGUUACAACAACAAGCAGACACCCAUCCCUGCCUGCUACGACUACAAAGUCAGGUUCUUCUGUGCCUGCCAAGGAACUGAGAAGCCUUCAACAGCCCCUACAGUGGAAAGUACUACCAAGAGUGUCGUGGUGAGUGAGACAACAAUUGUACCCGGACAGACUUCUGCUAGUCCAGAGGAGGAGACUACAGCCUUCCCAGAAGCCUCCACUGUCAGUGUUGUAAAGACAACCAAGGUCAUGGAUUCAACUGCCACACCACCAGUGUCACAGACUGAAGAAACUCCAGUAACUGAACAAACAGGACCAGUCCAGCCUACUCAUGAGGUCCAAGUCACAACAACCACACUGACCAUCACAUUAGGACAACACAUGGAGAAGACAACAGCAGCACCUGGGGGUACGACUAAGAAGACCUACACAGCACAGACUGAGACUACAUCUAAGCCGGAGCCUCUCCACACGACCUUGGCAGGCCUGACGACCCCUGCAGCUCUCAGCACAGCCUUCCCAUCAGCCUCGGUGCCUGCAUCAACCCAGGCACCUGUGGCAACCGAGUCUGUACCAGAGGUCACAGAGGUGACCCCAGAGGAAUCCACACCAUUGGUGGAACACACCACAAGGAAGGUGGUUGUCAUGACAACAGAGCAGCCCUCCAAGACCACUGUCACCACUGUCAUCAAGACUACCACAGUUACAAGUCCUUCAGUGACCCAGGGAGGAGGAGAUGAAGGUUAUGUGACUAAGUACAAGGUGGCCUACUCUGUAGAUGGGGAGGAGUGGACAUUUGUUACAGAACCUGUAACUGAGGAGGGACAGGAACCAGAAGAACAGUACCCAUAUUUUUAA